AGCACACACGUGGGGGCGUGAUUCUGUCAACACACGCAGCUACGGAAGCCUCGGUGUUUAACUAGCCAGAGAGCUAGCUUGAAGCUUCCUCAAAAUGGCCAGGUGGGAAAAGGUUGCUGCUGUCUUGAGGAAUGUUUUGAGGAGUCCUCGGUCUCUGGAGAGUUCAGCACCGCGCCGUGCUAUCGGGCCUGGCAUUUUGGGCUAUGUCAUCGGAACUGGUGUUAUCUGUUAUUACCAGUAUCAUGCAAACAACAGGACUCUGCCCUUCGCCGUUCAUGCUCACAAAUUUAAAGAACCUGCACCCCCCCAGCUGUCCGCGAGAAAGCUCCGUUUCAUCCAGUUCGCCUCGGUAGUCUAUGACCAGGAGCCCUACAUGACCCCGCGAGACUUCCUGUUUUCAGUGAUGCUGGAGAAUGUUGACCGAAAGCUGCAGAAGAGAAUUAUAUCAGAAAAGGAAGUAUAUAAGAUGUUGGUUACUGCCUCUAAAGCUCGGGCUACUAAUGAUCUGUUCCGAAACUUAGGAGACAAUGGUUUGAUAUCCUACACAGAGUAUCUGUUCCUGUUUACUGUCCUGACCAAGCCAUGCACAGGAUUUCAUAUAAUGUUCAGAAUGCUUGAUGUUGAUGGCAACGAGCAAGUGGACAAAAAGGAAUUUCUCAAGCUCAAGAAUAUCAUUGGGAAAACUAAAGUGAAAACUUCUAAGGACAGCACAGAGUUUUGUUUAAAGAAUGCAGCAGACGAAGGGGAAGGUGUGAACACGACACUGCAGGCCUACUUCUUUGGGAGGAAAGGAGAUAAGAAGUUGAAGUAUCAGGAGUUCCUGAGGUUUACAGAGGACCUACAGGCUGAAGUUCAGGAGAUGGAGUUCCUGCAGUUCUCCAGAGGUAUGGACACCAUGCGAAGAGAAGACUUUGCAGAGUGGCUGCUACACUACACCAACGAAGAAGACAACGAAGUCUACUGGGAAAACAUGAGGAAGCGGAUCCCUGCUGGCGAGAGCAUCACAUUUGAUGAGUUCAGAGCCUUCUGCCUCUUCACCAACAAUCUGGAGGAUUUUGCUCUUUCAAUGGAGAUGGCCACUGAAACCAACCGUCCUGUUGGAAUGGCCCAGUUUAAGCGAGCUGUGAAGAUCGCCACAGGUAAUGACCUGUCUGAGAAUGUGCUCGACACUGUGUUCAAACUCUUUGAUACAGACGGAGACAACCGCCUGAGCCAUAAAGAGUUCAUGGCCGUGAUGAAAGAGAGAGUACAGCGAGGUCUCAAGGUGCAGCCUGAGGUUGGCUUCUCAGGCUUCUGGAGGUGUGUGAAGCGAGAGACCCUGAAGGGAGCUCAGGAGGCGCUGGGAGACAACAGGCGUCCUAUCUGAACCACCGUGAUGCCCCAGGACGUCUGCUAGAUGGCCACUCGUACUACUGUUCACGUUUAUGUACUGUAUACCUUAGAAUCAAAUAAGUGGUGUGAAGAUUAUAUACAUAAAGCAAGGGAUUUACACCAUCUUGUGUGCAAAUGUUUACCAAUCACCAAAUCUAUGGCUGAUAUUAGUGUACUUAGCUAACUGUGGUUGUGGUGUUUCCAGUGACAAUCCUUUUUUUUUUUUUUUUUUUUUGGUGCAGUUUGCUUUCCUUUUGUUUACCAAGUCAUGCAUUUUAUAUUCACAAGAACUGCAAAUAUUCUGCAAUCCACACUGUCACUCCUGCCUUGAGUUUUCACAUAACUGGUUAACUGUGGUUAAUGCUGUUAAUUACAUGUUUUCCAGGGGCUUUUCUAACACACUACCAGUCAAAGGUUUGGGUACUUUCCCACUGAACUGAUAGGGAAAGUGUGUCCAGACCUUUGACUGCUAGUGUACCUGAUGUGGGUUUUUCAUAUUUUUUAAUCAAAGUAUUUAUCACAGUUUUAUAAAAAUGCCAAUGUUUGUGCUGCACACUUAAUGUUCAAGCGAUUCAAAUCAGUAGAAAAGGAAUAAACCAGAAUAUUGAUUUUGUGA